AUGGAUAUUCGCGGUAGAAAAAUGAGAAAACCACCUGCCUGUGUGCAGUGUCGUAAAAGAAAGAUUGGUUGUGAUCGUGUCAAACCAAUCUGUGGUAAUUGUAGCAAGACAAAUAAAGGUGAUUGUUUCUUUCCCGAUGUUCCAGGUAGAUAUGUUCCAGCUCAUGCCAAGGGACCUGCCAAAUUGCUAACACCUCCUCAAGGCGGUUCAUCAUCAAGAGGUGAUUCUUUGUCUUCCACAUUACAUCAUAAUCCUGAAUUAGCUUCCCUGGAACAAUUGAGAGAAUAUAAUACUCGUCUACAAUUACUAAAUGGUAGUCAAGACCAAACAGAUUCACCAAUGUCAACUAAUUUCACUCAAUUCCUUCCAAGAUCCAUACCCAAUAUGGAUAAUAAGACAGUUUCUUCGAUUAAUGAUAAUUCUGCCAACUUGAAUUGGAUCCAAGGCCCUGCACUUUUUGAUGAAAUGCCCACUCCAUAUACACAAGAAGAGGUUGUAAUGAAAGAAAUCGAUUUUUUAAAGAGUAGAUUAUUAGAAUUACAAGAUAUAACCGGCAAGAAAAUUCCAGGUUUGAAUUUAUCGUGGAAGGAUCUUUCUAGGAAACAGAAUAAUAAUGGUACUAUUGAUAGUAUUGGUAACGAGAAAAAAAGGAAACUAGAGACAGAAGAUAAUUUGCACUUCGAUAUCUUAUACAACACCAUCGAUGAAUUCAGAGAUUUGGAUCCACAAUUCUUGGAUUUCAACCAAAUAUUUAACGUCUUCGACCUCAACGAUUCUCAGUUUAAAUCUUCAAUUCCCAUGCGAGACUUACCAAAUUCUAUAUUCACUUCUAAUUUUUUGAUUUCCCGUGAUACAUUCCUAAAAGGGUUCCAUAAUACCUUUGAAAAUAUUGUCACUUCAAAGUUUGAAAAAAAUCAUCAAAAAUGGUUGGAAAAUUUAGAAAAUUCCCCAAUCUUGCAAUUGACAAAACAUGACGAAAUAAAAUUCCCAGAACUAUCUUUAAUCAAACAUCUAAUCACCAAAUAUACAUCCAUCGUCUUGGAAUCUGAAGCAUUGAUCCCUAAUCUAAAACCAAAUGAAUUAUUACAGGCUCUGGAUACUUUAUUUGUCUCAAAUUCAUUUAAUCCAGACAGUUUAAGUAUCGAAAAAUUAGUUACAUAUGGUAGAUUAUCCAUCCUGUUAUUAUUAACGUACAACUCCUUAGUGUCAACAGUGAUAGUCCCCUUACAACCUACUGAAUUGGAAAAUGUUAAAGCUUUGAAAGAUUCACUUAAUGACUUAAAGAAAAAUCUGUAUCUCAUAAAGAUUGAACUACAAAUGAGAAAUACUUCCAAGAAUUAUGAAGACGUUAUUAAAUUUGAGGCCUUGCUAAAAUAUUACCAGACGGUGACUUCAAUAGAAAUGCAAACUGUAGGAACUUCUGUUGAUUAUGACGAAGAUGUACAUUUAUCCCAACAUAUAUCAUUAAAUCAUGAACAGACUAACGAGAGCUUAAUUUUAUUUUGGAAUUUUAUUUAUAGAGAAUACUGUUACAGACAUUUAUUUAAAGGUGAAAUCCCGCUUUUAACACAAGGUCAAAGAUCAAAUUCUGCCCCAAUUUUGGAUCCUAUAUUAACAGUUGAUUAUCCAUUACUAAAUAUAACUAGUGAAAUUGUUCGAUAUUUACAAACAAAGGACCAAUUAAUAUCCUUGGAAAAAGUUCUUCACUUGAAGGAUAUUUUCAAACUUAAAUAUGAUGAAGCACAGAAGAAAGCUGGGACAUUACCAACACUGAUUGAUGGUAUAGUGAACAGUCUAUUAUAUCGCAAUACUACAUUAUAUUUGACAUAUUAUCUGUUAUUACAAUAUGAAAAAUUGAAAGACAGCGGAAGAUAUUUCGAAACAUACAAAGAGUUUUUAAAUUUUUCACAGGAAACUUUAUUCUUUAUUUUUUCCAAUUUGGCCAAUUUAAGAUUUGCAGGAUAUGAAUUUAUCUAUACCAAUAAGGCUUUCGUGCUGGUGGAAAGUCUUUCCGAAAUGCUACUAAGUUUAAUUCAACGUUCUUUCUAUGCAUUUGAUACCAACUCAGAAGCAAUCCCAUUAAAUGAAUCGUUGAGAACUGAGACGAAGAACCAUUCGGCUGCGUUAUCAUUGAUCGUUAGGAAAAUCUUAAUGUUGUUACAAGACUAUUCUAAAAAUUGUAGGGAAGUCAAUCCAUACAUUAACAGAUUGUUCAUAAGGCUUACCUCAAUGUUAGAGUAUAUAUCAUUGCUUGAAGCUACUCAAAAUCCAGAGAACAGCGGAUCAGGAAAUGAAUCAGUUAAGUCUAUUAAAGCUGGUCUUUUAGGAGAAGUUAAUGCAUUCGAGCAAUUAGAACAAUCUGAUAUAGCAAGGGCGACAGCUAGACUUCAAGCCAUCUCUGAAUCGUUGAUUAAAGCAGUACUUUUAUUCUACAAGACAACCAUUCAAAGCAAGCAGUGCAGUAAACUUUCGGUUUAA